GUAUACACACGCACAUUCAGUAUUUGCACUCGGAUGUUUCUGCAUAAGAGGAUUUAAAAGACUCACGUUUCUUGCUUAUGUCAGAGAAGAGGUACCUCUGACCUGACUACCGUUAAGUAACGUUGUUGACAGCAAGUCUUAAUCCUAAUCCUAGUUAUUCCUCCGUGUUCUUCGUUUUCAACUAUUCACGAUGCAACACGACGACGUCGUGUGGAGUAUCAUCAACAAAACAUUUUGCUCACACAAAGUCAACACCAAAACCCAAAGGUUUUGUAGAAAUGAAUACAACUUGACUGGAUUGUGCAGUCGAGCAUCAUGUCCUUUAGCAAACAGUCAAUAUGCCACCUGCAGAGAAGAAAAUGGCAUUAUUUAUUUGUAUAUGAAAACCGCUGAAAGGUCGGCAUUUCCUGGAAAAUCUUGGGAAAGAAUAAAACUGUCUAGGAAUUUUGAGAAAGCAAUUUCUCAGAUUAAUGAAAAUCUUCUCUUCUGGAAUAACUUUGUGAAAUCAAAAUGCAAACAGAGAUUUGUAAAAAUAACUCAGUACCUCAUUCGAAUGCGCAAACUCCGCCUUAGAAGACAGAAGAAGCUGGUUCCUCUUCAACGAAAGAUUGAGAGGCGUGUGAAUCGUCGUGAGGAGAAGGCUUUAGUCGCUGCUCGUCUUGAAUCUGCUAUUGAAAAGCAACUUUUGGAAAGGCUUAAAAAGGGCACUUAUGGAGAUAUCUACAAUUUCCCUCAAGCUGCAUUUGACAAGGCUUUGUCCAAAGAAGAAGUGGAAGAAAAUGAUCCUGAAGAAGAGGAAGAUGAGGAGGAGGAGGAUGACGAGGAGCUUGAGGAACUAGAAAUGGAAAAUGAACUUGAUAAUGGUGAAAGUGAAUUUGUGGUGGCGGAUACUGACAGUGAAGAAGAGGAGGAGGAUGAUGAUGAUGUUGGGGCAAGAGAAAAUGUUAGUAGUCCAGAGCCAUCAGAUGCAUCAGAUAUUGAGGAUAUUGGUGAUCAGCCUGGACCAUCCAAAAAGAAGAAGUCGAAGAAACCUGCGACGAAGAAACCACGUGUGGAGAUUGAAUAUGAAAUUGAGUCAGAACCACAGUCCAGAAAUAGAAUUGCAUCAUAAUUGUGUCAUUGAAAUACAAUCAUUUUGGGGGAAUCAGUGUUUUCAUUGUUCAGUUUUUCAUAUUUUUUUAUUGAAUUAUGUGAUAAACAUUGAGGGAUUGACAUAUUGUGGUUAUAACUUCACACAUAUUGGGCCUGUUCGGUAAUGCUGCUGGUUUUGUUUCGUUUGGACCCAUUCAAAAAAUUGUACAUAUAUCUUUUUUUAAAGAUGCAUAAGGUAGAAGUUUGUGCGUUCUGUUCUCAGCCAUAUUAAGAGGUCAAAAUAA